AUGAAGACAAUCAAUUAUUAUCCAUCGGAUACCACAAUUGGUAGUUUUCUAUUUAAUAAUUAUAUAUAUGAAGAAAUUCGUUGUUUAAGUGUAAAAGAAUUAACAUCAUCACAAGCAAUUGAUCGUCUUGGUGCAUCAAUACAUUUUUAUGAACAAAUUAAUGAAUAUAUGAAAUUAAAUCCACCAUCAUCAACUAAAAUAGAAGUAACAACAAAAAAUUUAUUAACUAUUCGACAACAACUUAUAAAAGAUUUUGAAACACGAGCAUUUAAAACAAAAAAAAAAUUUUGUCCCAAUUGUAAUAUACCUGUACGUGCACUUCGUGCAGAUUCACAUUCAAAACGUUUUUAUUCUCAAGGACUUUCAAAUAAACAAAUAAAAGCUUAUCAAGAACGUAUGUCUAAUGUCCGACAAUCAAAAAAACUGAAUGAUAAUGAUGAAUCAAUAGAUAAUGAUGAAGAAGAAAUGUUAACAAAAAUGAUGUUCAGUCAAAUGUAUUUAACACCAUUAGAUGUAUUAAAACAUUUAGAAAAAAUUUGGACAAAUGAAAAAGAAGUACUUGCAAUUUAUUUAGCUACAUUACGAUCAUCACAUCAUUCAAUAACACAUGUUCAUAAUAAUCCAAUGAGUUUAUUCUUUUUUGAAGUUUUACAUGUUUUUUACCUUCAAAAUUUCGUCCUGUAUGUUUUAUCAUUUAAUGAUCAAAAAUUUGAAAAUCCAAAAACAGUUCGAUAUUCAACAAUUAUUCAAAAUAAUCAAUAUAUGAAAGAACUUUUAUUAUUAAAAGAUAAACAAACUACAGAUAUAUCAACAUCAACUACUAAUCGAUCUUCUUUAACAAAUACUUUACAUGGUGUAACAAAUGAAGAAAAACUUAAUAAUCUUUGGCUUAAAAUGCAAAUUACUGUUAAUUCUAUAUUUGAUAGUUCAUUAGAUAAUCAAAGUGGUGCUCGAGUAGCCAAAGGUAUUCGACAAGUUAUUGAAAAACAAGAAGGUUUAUUUCGUAUGCAUAUGAUGGAUAAACGUGUAAAUUAUGCUGGUCGAUCAGUAAUAUCACCUGAUCCAUUUAUUGCAAUUUAUGAAGUUGGAAUACCUGAAAUAUUUACAAAAAAAUUAACUUAUCCAGAAUUAUUUACACCACAUAAUGUUCAUAAAUUACAUUAUUUUAGAGCAAAUUUUGUUGAACUUGAAGAUGGAACAAUUCGUCGUUUAUUACCAAAUAAUUUAUCUCAACGAACAGCUGUUGCUAAACUUUUAUUAACAAGAGAAAAACAACAUAGUAAUACAAGUUUAAUAUCUACAAAAAAAGUUUAUCGACAUCUUCGAACCGGUGAUUAUGUUCUUGUUAAUCGUCAACCAACAUUACAUCGACCAAGCUCGAGUAUUACCUGGUGA